CUCACGACGAGGCAUGCGGUGCGACGUCCUCGCCAUGGAGGUCGACGCCAAGAAGCUCGAGAAGCGCGCCUACAACCGCAUGAAGCAGCGCGCGUUCCGCAAGAAGAUCGAGGACGAGCUCCAAUCGCUGCACCGGACCAUCUACGCCCUCGAGCUCGAGACGGCGACGCUGCGCCGCGCCGCGACGGGCCCGUUGCCGUGGGCCGACGUCGCCGCCGCGCUGAGCAAGUCGACCGAGGCGACGCUGCACACAAACCGCGCGCUGCGCAGCGACGUGGUGCGCGCGCGGGCGCUGGCACAGACCAUGCACGGCUGGGUGCGUCGAGCGAUCCCGCAUGUCCCGCGGGAACGGUACCUGAGCAUGGCGCCAGCAACAUUACCGGCGUCCUGGGAGGCGCGCCAGCUCGGCUUCAAGUGGAUCACCGACCGCCUUUACCACCACGCCGAGCCCUUGCUCCACGAGCACGGUCUCUUCAAGAGCCAGCACGCAACGUUUGGCGAGAUCGCCGUGCAUACGACAGAGAAUGGUACGCACGAGUACUACACCAAGUACCAGCGGCUCCUUCAUGCGCCAUUGGACGCCGUCUGCGCUGCGUUCACAGUCCUCUGCACGACUGGCGACGGGGACUUUGUACUCGCAGGACGGGACGCGCUCGACACGCAUAUCACGUCGCUCAUGGACGAAGAGAUCGUCUACUCCCAAGGCAUAUGCACUCGCGAUGGCGCACCCUGGGUCGACAACAAGGUGUGGCGCACGUUCCGCACACCAACCGAGCUCGUCAUCGUCGGUCAAAGCGUCCACAACGACCCGCGCCAUGCGACUACGGCCAUGGAGCGGUUCCGCUGCAACGUGGUUGUCGUGAGCGCGGUGAAUGCGACCACGACGCUCGUCCGGCAGCUCAACAUCAACACGCACGCCUACACGCGCGACGGGUUUGUGGCGCCGGACGUGGAGGCGCGGCAGUUCAACGUGCUCGUGCCACGGACCGCGAGCGACGAGGACCAGCUCACGCAGAUCGCACAGCACAUUCGCAUCGUGCGCAACGCCAUGUUUCGCGGUGGUAUGAACGCGAGCCUCGACGCUGCCAUUGCCGCCUCUUCUGUGCGUCCCCUCUCUAGUCACGAGCCGCCCUUAUAAUAUCUAUGGAGUAAUAUGUACUUGUCGUUGUUUGGUGUU